AUGGGCAUCUCGAAGACUUGCGGGCCCUUCCGGGUAGAAGCCCAACUCACAAACCUUAGAAAAACAUAAUUUGUCUAAGAAUCCCGUGAUCUUAAUCGCUACUCUCUUAUUUUCUCAUUUUUACACUUUUAUUUGAUCUUCGGCUUCGCCAACCUCUUUACAUCUGCAAUUUCAGGUUUGCUGGUUUAUUUGCUUUUUAAGAAGAUUGAAAUUUGUGCUUCUAAUCCAAUGGCUACAAGCAUGGACAUGUCUCUUGAUGACAUAAUAAAGAGCAGGAAAAAGAAUGGUAGAGUUAGAGGGCAAGGCAGAGCCCCUCGUGGCCGCAGUGGCGCAGGAAGUUCUUUUAACAGUGGAAGAAUGCCAGGGCCUGUUCGUAGAGGUCCUCUCACAGCGAAAGCUCAGCCAACAUCAUAUACCAUUGCCAAGUCUUUUCGCAGAGCCAAGAGUUUUCCCUGGCAACAUGAUUUGUUUGAAGACAGCCUUAGAGCUGCAGGAAUAUCUGGAGUAGAAGUUGGUGCAAAGUUAUGUGUUUCAAACUUGCAUAUUGGGGUGACCAAUGAAGAUAUAAGGGUACUUUUCUCUGAGAUUGGAGAACUGAAACGAUAUGCUAUUCAUUAUGACAAGAAUGGUCGUCCCAGUGGUUCAGCUGAAGUUGUGUAUACCAGAAGAAGUGAUGCAUUUGCGGCUCUUAAGCGGUAUAACAAUGUGUUGCUUGAUGGAAAGCUCAUGAAAAUUGAAAUUGUGGGCCCCAAUGCGGAAGUGCCCAUUUCAGCUCGUGUGAAUGUAAGCGGAGCGAAUGGAAGGCGAAAGAGGACAGUGGUUAUGACGCCUGGAUCUGGUCAUCCAGUGGGCUCUGCUAUUAUAAAUCGUGGUUCUGGUCAGAGCCGUCGUGGAUAUGUGAGGAAUAACCGUGGCCGUGGCCGUGGCCGUGGUCGUGGUAAUGGCCAGGGGAAGAAGAAGCCUGUUGAUAAGUCAGCCGCUGAACUAGACAAAGAACUGGACAAAUAUCAUGCAGAAGCGAUGCAGAGUUAGUUGAUUUUCAAGCAGUGUAAAUGUGCAAAAUGAUCUAUUACUGAUGUGGUAUUUUUCCAGUCUGCCUUAUCUUGAUGCAUGUGUUUGCCUUCAAUUACUGAUACAUUCUAGCUUAGUGUAAAUGAAGCAGUUGGAUUUUAUGAGAAUAUGGCAUUUGAUCAUUAAUUCA